UUGAGAGUUAGUCAUUGCAUUGCACAUAUACAGCCCAGUCGCCAGUCGCCAGCGUGAAGCUAAACCGUAUGGUCGCUGUAUCUGUCGCCGCAUGCUCAUGCAUAUUGUCGACAGACUUUCACUUUCAUCUAAAUAUAAAUAAACAGUACAAAAAUAAAUAUGCCUGUUUGGCAGCGAUAUAAUAAUUUUCCCGGUUAGUUAUUCACGUGGUGACAUUACGAUAGUGAUUCAAGUGAAAAAGUUGUGAUGUGUCUCAAUUAAAAUUAGUUCCGAAGUACAAAGGAGGCCCAGCGAGAUUGUUUGAAAUCUUACUAUGUUAAUAAGCAUUACCACUUUGAUAAAACAUUUUUUAUUUACAAAAGCAUAGCACAGCGAAUAGAAGUUUAUUAUUUCGAAAAUGGCAAAAGAAAAUGGAAAAGAUUACGGGGAGCCGAUACGGUACGAUCCAGACUUUAACGGACCUAUCCACAAUCGAUCGUGCACUGACAUACUAUGGCUUAUUUUAUUCAUCAUCUACUUGGGAGUUUGGGGCUUCAUUGGAUUCUAUGCUAUGCAGCAUGGAAAUAUGCAGAAGCUACUAGCGCCUAUAGACUCUAAUGGCAAUCGAUGUGGUCUUAAUUCAGGAUUGCAAGAUAAAAAGUAUCUCGUCUUUUUUGAUAUUACACGAUGCCUUCAACCGGACACACCCAUCACAGGCUGUCCCACACCUCAAGUCUGUGUAAAUAAGUGUCCAGAAAAUACCAUAAAUUUUGAGGAAACAAUGACUGCUCAAAAUUUUAAUGAAUUAAAAGGCAGCAUGGUGUGUAAAUACGACGCGGAUAUAAGUACAUACCAAAAUGCAAUGAGGAGCAUUAAGGAUGAAAAGUGCGCAAAAAGUGUUCUUAAAAGUGAACCAGUCUUGGGCCGCUGCAUUCCCAUCGACUUCGACAGUGUGGUACCGGGAGGCACCCAGCAACAAAUAACGGGCACAGUAAAUGAGCUAUCAGCUCAAAUUGCUCAAGAUAUGGUGCAAGCGCGAUGGUACAUCGUCGGAGCGAUACUAGUCGUAAUUCUCAUCUGCUUCUUAUACAUACUCGUGCUGAGAUGGGUGGUUGGACCAGUUGUCUGGACUUCCAUCAUUGGUUUCCUGGCAUUACUUGGAUUCUCUUGUUAUCUAUGCUACAAAGAAUACAAGUAUUAUCUCGAGAACCCUGUACAACAAAUAGCUACUACCAAUAUCAAAGGCUAUGCGGAAUCUAUAAUAAAAACACAUAAGUUCUGGCUAACCGUACUUAUCAUCGCGGCAAUCGUAUUGGUCAUAUUGCUGCUUAUUGUAAUCUUCUUGAGAAAUAGGAUAGUUAUUGCUAUUGCUCUUAUUCGGGAAGGCAGCAAAGCCGUGACUGCUGUUAAGUCGACGAUUUUCUUCCCAAUUUUGCCCUGGGUUGUUCAUUGUUUUGUAAUCGGGUACGGGGUUUUCGUGCUCAUGUACAUCACGUCCAUGGGUGAAAGUAUCUUCAGUGUAGUCAAUAAGAAAAUCGACCCAGACUGCGUGUGUAACGGGAAUUACACGGACUACGGAAGCUGCGACCCUGUACAAUUCCAAAUCGAUUGCCAUGACUCCGGCACGCUCCUGCCAUGCAAGAAAGCGAUCUGUUAUUUCACGGGAUUGGAUUCGCCUUAUAGUGUCAUCUAUUUACACCUUGGAAAUCUCCUGGGUUUGUUUUGGGCGAUGUUCUUCGUAAGCGGCUGCUCGGACAUGAUGCUGGCAAGCACCUUCGCUACUUGGUACUGGACAUUCAGGAAAAGAAACCUCCCCUUUUUCACUCUCACAGCCGGGGUCAUAAGAACAGUGCGAUACCACAUGGGUACCGUUGCCUUGGGAUCCCUUAUCAUCGCUAUUGUUCGAGUAAUACGAGUGAUAUUAGAGUACAUAGACCGGAAGUUGAAGAAGUUCGAUAAUCCGUUCACAAGGGCAGUGAUGUGUUGCUGCAAAUGUUUCUUCUGGUGCCUAGAGAAUUUCCUUAAAUUCAUCAAUAAGAACGCGUACAUUAUGUGCGCUGUGCAUGGAACUAAUUUCUGCACCAGUGCAAGGGAUGCCUUCACCUUGCUUAUGAGAAAUAUAGUUCGAGUCGUUGUAUUAGACAAGGUUGCGGAUUUCAUCUUUUUCUUGUCCAAGUUGCUGUUGUCCAUCGGUGUAGGCUUUGCUGUAUACUACUUCUUGGACGGCGACGUGGUAUCGAAGAUCACCGCGGGCAAGCACUCUCUGUACCUCCACAACAACUACAUUCCAGCCGUCUUCCUCGGAAUCAUCACGUAUAUCAUUAGCACGAUUUUCUUCCAAGUGUACUGUAUGGCUGUGGACACAUUGUUCCUUUGCUUCUUGGAAGAUUGUGAACGGAAUGACGGAUCACCAGAAAAACCAUACUUCAUGUCGAAAAAUCUCAUGAAAAUUUUAGGUAAAAGGAACAAGAAAUACCAAGAUUAAGUGCCAAAAAGUAUUUUCUCACAAGGGUUGUGUAUGCCUAUACAAUUAUUAUUAUUUAUGUAUGGUAGCUUAAGGUUUGACUUAUAAGAAGUUCUAGAGGCUAAAAAGAAAUGUGUUGAAAGUGUUUAACUUGUACUCAUAUCUCAAAUUAAUAUUCUUGAAAGCAGAAUUCAAGAUUUUAAUUCUAAAUCUUUGUUGAUAUUUCUACAGAAACCUUUUCAUAAAUGGAAAAUCCAUAUGAGACCAUAAAAUUUAGGAUCUCAAUAAUUAAAAAAUCUAUGAAUUAGUUUAUUUUAAUUUUACACAUGACAUUUAUGUGUAAAUCUUAUGUGUGUAUUUUAUAACGAUGUAGUUUUAUAUGAAAACAAUUUUAUAUGAAUAUACAGUAUUUUAUACAUUGUAAUACUGAAACGAAAUGCCAAAUAUAAUGAGUAUUACUAUUGUGAUUUAAAUGCAGACUAGAGUGAUUAUCUUAAUAGGAUUUGUGAUCUUAUAAGACUUUAUAAUGUUUCAAUUGUAAUAAUAAAAUGGAAAAUACAAGUUUACUACCGAUGCAAAUUUUCAACAUUUUGUGAUAAUUUUACUUUUAGUUAUUUUUAAUAAUAACAUACUAAAACUUAGAAA